AUGGUGACCCAAUACAUUUUUAUUUAUUGCAGUGCUGGAGGUCUUGUGGCAUAUUCUGAGUCAAAACCAUACAAUGGUUUAAGUAGUGUUGAUUCUUCUCAAGUAGAAGCUAAGAAGAAAAGGGUGGUAGUGCUUGGAACCGGAUGGGCUGGCACAAGCUUCUUGAAAGAUCUGGACUGUUCAUUGUAUGACGUACAGGUGGUGUCACCCCUUAAUUAUUUUGCAUUUACUCCUCUUUUGCCGAGUGUUACAUGUGGUACAAUGGAAGCGCGUAGCAUUGUUGAGCCUAUCCGUAACAUUCUAAAAAAGAAAAAUGGAGAUAUUCAGUUUUGGGAAGCCAAAUGUGUCAAGAUUGAUGCUGCCAACAAACGGGUUCAUUGCCGUUCUAAUAAUAGCAUGAUUUUGAAAGGGAAAGACGAAUUUGUUGUAGACUAUGACUACUUGGUGAUAGCAAUAGGAGCUCGGGCAAAUACAUUCAACACUCCUGGUGUGAUGGAGCACUGCCAUUUUCUGAAGGAAAUAGUGGAUGCCCAGAAGAUCCGUAGGAGUGUUAUCGAUUGCUUUGAAAGAGCCAGCCUUCCAAACCUAACUGAGGAUGAGAGGAAGACUGCUCUCCAUUUUGUAAUUGUUGGCGGAGGUCCAACUGGAGUGGAAUUUGCUGCAGAGUUGCAUGAUUUUGUCUGUGAGGACUUAGUUGAGAUAUAUCCCACAGUUAAAGAUUUAGUAAAGAUAACAGUUAUCCAGUCAGCGGAUCAUAUUUUGAACAUGUUUGAUGAAAGAAUCAGUUUGUUUGCUGAACAGAAGUUCCAAAGAGAUGGUACUGAAGUGAAAACAGGACAACGGGUAAUCAGUGUGUCUGAUAAAGCCAUUACCACCAAGGCAAAGGCGGAUGGAAAGGUUUCUUCUUUACCAUAUGGAAUGGUGGUUUGGUCUACGGGUAUUGGGAUCCGCCCUGUUUUAAUGGAUUUUAUGCAGCAAAUUGGUCAGAAUAAUACGCGUGCUAUAGCAACCGAUGAGUGGCUGCAAAUUGAAGGAUGUGAUGGAAUAUAUGCGCUUGGUGAUUGUGGGACAAUACAUCAACGCAAAAUUAUGGAAGAUAUUUCUGAGAUAUUUAAUGUUGCGGACAAGGACAAAUCCGGCACUCUAACUGUUAAAGAAUUCCGAGAUGUUAUCGAAGAUAUUUGUGUGAGGUACCCUCAAGUGGAGCAGUAUUUGAAAAAUAAGCGAAUGCGCAAUGUUGUUGAUCUGUUGAAUGAUUCCAAAGGAAAUGAGAGAAAAAAAUCUAUUGAGUUAGAUAUUGAAGGGUUCAAGUCAGCUCUGUCUCGUGUGGAUUUACAGACGAAGAAUCUUCCUGCAACUGCUCAGGUUGCUGCUCAACAAGGUGCAUACCUUGCUAGGUGCUUUAACCACAUGAAGGCCUCUGAAGAUAAUCCUGAAGGUCCUCUCAAGUUCAGAGAAUUAGGUCGCCAUCAAUUUCAGCCAUUUCGGUACAAGCAUUUUGGGCAGUUUGCUCCAUUGGGAGGAGAGCAAACAGCUGCAGAACUCGCACUCCCUGGAGACUGGAUUUCUAUUGGUCGCAGCACCCAAUGGCUUUGGUAUUCCGUUUAUGCAAGCAAACAAGUUAGUUGGCGCACAAGAGCAUUGGUGGUAUCAGACUGGACGAGGAGAUCCGUAUUUGGAAGGGAUUCAAGCCGCAUAUGAUGGGGUAAUAGGUUCCAGAUUUCAUGCCCCAGCAACCAUUC